AUGCUGGCGAGGCGCCCAGGUGCCCAGGCCGAGGUGCACCUGUCUGUGCCCCCCUUGGUGGAGGUGAUGCGAGGAGAGCUCAUCACCCUGGACUGCACCCCUCUGGGUGCCCAUGACCAUUACGUGCUGGAAUGGUUCCUUACCGACCGCUCUGGGGCCCGCCGCCGCCUGGCCUCAGUGGAGCUGCAGGGCUCCGAGCUCCAGGGCACGGUGCAUGACACCCGGGGCCGCAGUCCCCCCUACCAGCUGGACGACCAGGGGCGUCUGGUGAUGCCCGAGGCCCAGGUGGGCGACGAGCGUGACUACGUGUGCGUGGUGAGGGCCGGCGCAGCGGGCACCGCCGAGGCCACUGCGCGGCUCAGCGUGUUUGCAAAGCCAGAAGCCACGGAGGUCUCCCCCAACAGAGGGACUCUGUCUGUGAUGGAAGACUCUGCCCAGGAGAUCGCCACCUGCAACAGCCGGAACGGGAACCCAGUGCCCCAGAUCACGUGGUACCGGAACGGGCAGCGCUUGGAGGUGCCCAUGGAGAUGAACUCAGAGGGCUACAUGACCAGCCGCACGGUCCGCGAGGCCUCGGGCCUGCUGUCUCUCACCAGCACCCUCUAUCUACGGCUCCGCAAGGCUGACCGGGAUGCCAGCUUCCACUGCGCCGCCCACUACAGCCUGCCUACGGGCCAGCACGGCCGCCUGGACAGCCCUGCCUUCCACCUCACCCUGCACUAUCCCACGGAACGCGUCGAGUUCUGGGUGGGCAGCCCGUCCACCACCGCGGGCUGGGUGCGCGAGGGCGACUCCGUCCAGCUGCUCUGCCGGGGAGAUGGCAGCCCCAGCCCAGAGUACACAUUCUUCCGCCUUCAGGACAAGCAGGAGAAAGUGUUGAACGUGAAUCUCGAGGGGAACCUGACUCUGGUAGAGGUGCAUCGGGGCCAGAGCGGCACCUACGGCUGCAGGGUGGAAGACUACGACGCGGACGAGGACGCACAGCUGAACCAGACCCUGGAACUGCACGUGGCCUACCUGGACCCCCUGGAGCUGAGCACCGGGGAAGAGCUCUCCUCACCCCUGGGCAGCAGCAUGGCCGUGAACUGCUCCGUGCGAGGCCUGCCCGCCCCUGCCCUACGCUGGACCAAGGACUCUGUACCCCUGGGAGACGGCCCCAUGCUCUCACUCAAUUCCGUCACCUUCGAUUCUGCCGGAACCUACGUGUGUGAGGCCUCCCUGCCCACGGUCCCCGUCCUCAGCCACACCCGCAGUUUUACUCUGCUGGUCCAAGGGUCACCAGAGUUAAGGGCAGAGGAGCCCAAGGGUGAGGGCAGCUUGAAGGAAGGAGACGAAAUCACGCUGAUCUGCUCUGCCCGUGGCUACCCAGAGCCCAAGCUCAGCUGGAGCCAGCUGGGUGGCAGGCCAGCAGAGCCGGUCCCCGGAGGGCAGGGCUGGGUGAGCAGCUCUCUGACGCUGAAAGUGACCAGUGCCCUGAACCGAGAGGGCGUCUCCUGUGAGGCCUCCAAUCCCCACGGGAACUCCAGGCACGUCUUCCACUUCGGCACUGUGGCCCCCCAGAGCUCCCAGGCCGGAGUGGCAGUCAUGGCCGUGGCCGUCAGCGUGGGCCUCCUGCUGCUGGUGGUCGCGGUCUUCUACUGCAUGAGACGCAAGGGCCGCCCCGGCUGCUGCCGGCGGGGGGAGAAGGGGGCUCCGCCACCCAGGGAGCCAGAGCUGAGCCACUCGGGGUCUGAGCGACCAGAGCAGACAGGCCUUCUCAUGGGAAGUGCCUCUGGAGGAGCCAGGGGUGGUGGCGGGAGCUUCGGAGAUGAGUGCUGAGCGAGGACCUCCCAAAGGCGGUGGCUGGACCUGGAAUCACAAGCAUGGAGAACCAGCCCUGC